AAUAUCAGAUGGUGGCGAGUUAUGGUGUUCGGACUCGCGCUCCUGCAUACUAUUAAAAGAUCGUCAAAUACUGUUCUGAUGUUGACUGGGGAAUUAGUAAUGCCUAUCAUCAUCGUUCAACUUAUUCGUACAUCUCAGUACUUCUAUAGUAUAUAUGAAGUAUAG